GUUAUUAUGGGACACUGCCAAAGUAAAGAAGACAAGAAAUUGCAAGAACGAAGUCGGGAAAUUGACCGUAAAAUUAAGGAAAAUGCGAGUGAAUAUUCAAGAGUUAUCAAACUGUUAUUGCUUGGCGCAGGUGAAUGUGGUAAGAGUACAAUACUGAAGCAAAUGAGUGAGCCAAGUGAUGCUAUCAUUGAUAUGAAUACUAUCAGGAUUUUGCAUAAAAGUGGUUUCACUGAAGAUGAACUGUCAAAGCAACGUUUGGUAGUAUUUAACAAUACAGUCCAGGCAAUGGCUGCUAUCUUGGAAGCCUUAACACAUUAUCACAUUGCAUUUGAUAAUCCCCUUAGACAAGAGGAUGCAGCUGUGAUUACAAACGUAGCCAAUUUAAAUACAAGUACUGAACACGAGGCAAUUGCACGCGAAGUUGCGAUUGCGAUUAAAAACUUGUGGCAAGAUUCAGCGGUGCAAAGCAUUUACGAGAGAAGAUACGAACUUCACCUGCACGAGUCCACAAAAUAUUUUCAUUACUUAAUUUAUAGUUUCUUUGACAAUGUCGACCGGAUAACAGCUCCAAAUUACAUACCUAAUGAACAAGAUAUGCUUUUAACAAGAGUAAAGACGACAGGAAUUGUGGAAGUUAAUUUUAUUAUUCAGAAUACUCGAUUUAGGGUUUUUGACGUUGGUGGGCAACGUUCAGAGAGAAAAAAAUGGAUUCACUGCUUUGAAGACGCAAAUGCAGUGAUUUACAUCGCAGCUAUCAGCGAAUAUGAUGAAGUUUUGUUCGAAGACAAUACUACGAAUCGAAUUUUAGAAAGUAUGCGUUUGUUUGAGUCAAUAUGUAAUAUCCGCUGGUUCGCCAACACCUCAAUUAUCUUAUUCUUAAACAAGAAAGACUUAUUUGCUGAGAAAAUCAAAACCAAAUCCAUUAAAGUUGCCUUCCCACAAUACGAAGGGCCUCAAACAUUCGAAGAUUCUGUCGCCUUCAUACGAAAACGCUUCAUUGCAUUAAAUGCAAAUCCACAGAAAACAAUUUAUGUUCAUUUAACUUGUGCUACUGAUACUAAUCAUGUCCAAAAGAUUUUAGAUAAUGUUAUUGAUAUGAUUUCUCAGAAUAACUUAAAAAAAUCAGGCUUACUUUAA